AUUUAAGAUGAAAGAGAAAAAGGAAAGCGAAUUCGUCCUAAAAGAGGAAGAAAGCUCAAACAACACUUCUGCCUCUAUCCCAAAACAAGAAGGCGAUAGAGGGGAAACUUCCACAGGCUUCAAGCUGUACAAGAUCCGCUGGCCGAUAUGAGCCUUCUUUACCAUGUCGAUGGCAGCUAGCGGAUUAGCUCAGAUUGGGUUAGGUCCAAUCAUGACUAUCAUUCAAGACAUCUACGAUGUGAAGGGAAUUAUGUCUUCUCUCCUGAUUUUGCCAUUUACUAUUUUCUUUAUUCCUUUAAUUUUCCCUGCAAAUUAUCUGAUUGAGAAUUAUGGGAUAAGAAUACCUGUAUAUAUUGCUUCCUUGACUUUGGUUAUUGGGGCAUGGAUCAGGAUUUUCGUGAACACAAGUUAUUAUUUCCUCCUAGCUGGUCAAUGAAUUAUGGCACUUGGGCAACCAUUUGUGCUGUCUUCUCCCGCCAAACUGGCUGGUGUGUGGUUCGGUGAUAAAGAAAGAGCCAUUGCAACCACAGUUGGAUCAAUUGCAACCCCAUUUGGAGCGGUUAUAGGAUAUCUUCUCCCAUUACCGUUGAUCUCUGAUCAGGAUGUUACACCUCAGGAUCAUGCAGAAUCUACAUUUUUAAGAUAUAUAAUCGUCCAAAGCAUUAUAAUUACAGUUUUGGGACUCCCAGUAAUGUUAUUUAUUCAAAACAGACCACCAACUCCUCCAAGUAUUUCAGCUGCAAAUGCAAUUAAAAAGAAAUCUGGAGGAAUGUGUAAGAGCAUGAAGAAGCUAGUUGGAAGUAUCGAUUUUAUUUGGCUAGUUCUCGCCUUCUCUUCUAUUUUUACGAUCUAUACCGUACUUGGAGCUGCCCUUGCACCACUUACAGCUAGUUUUGGUUAUAACUCACAGGAUAAUAGUCUCUUCGGAUCAAUUUAUGUAGUUGGAGGAGUUGUAGGCUCGUUCAUUCAUGCAAUAUUCCUGGAUAGAUUUGCACGAUACAAGCUUCAAUACGUAAUAAUCGGGAUAUUAAACUGCAUAUCCUUCGCGCUUGUAGUUUUCUUAAUAGACAUUAAAAGUACUCCUUUGACAACAUGCUUAUUAUUCUUCAUGGGAUUUGCCCAGUUGCCCAUAAUCGGGGUAUCAUAUUCCUUCUGAGCUGAACUAACUUACCCCAUUAAUGAGGCUCUUUCAUGAGGGUUCCUUCAACUGUUUGGGUCUAUUAUUGCUACUCUAUUCACAUUCUUGGCGACUUCUAUGAUUUCUAAUGACCAGAAGUUCCUUGCUCUUUACAUCUUGCUUGGCCUGUGAGGAGUCGGACUUUUGUGUAAGCUAUUAGUCAGAGAGAUACUUAAGAAGAAAAGAGCUGGUAUCAGAGGAACCAUAUUUUCAUUCCAUAUUGGGAAUCAUCAUUUCCCAAAUUCAUAUCUCAACAAAACAAGAUCUGACAGGAGUGACUUUGUUCCCCUCAUUGAUUCUGAUGAUGUUGACAGAAUAGGAUAAUAUUAUUUAAAAUUCCUCGGUUUUAAAAGUUUCAAUUG